AAAAACCUUGAGUGAUUGGAGGAGGAGCUAGGGUUUUGGAACGGUGCGUGCGUGCGUCGCCAUUGUUAUCUCGGAGUCCCUCCCAAUAGAACAGCUUAUUCGAUCUUCUUCUUCGAUCUUCUUCUUCGUUUCUACAUAUUGGGAAUCCAAAUUGAUUGCGAUGUUAUCGGUUUAGCUAUAUCGAAUCACUGCAUCGUCAAGGUUGUCAAAAAGUGACGUCUUUGAGAUUGUGCUGUUAUAUUCAUCAAAAGAAAAUGUCGAAGAAGAAGAGUAACAGUAGUAGUUCUUCCAUGAGGAAGCUAUCCCAAGCUGGAGACAAACCUUGGUUACAGCAAAAGAAACCUGGUAAGCUAGGGAAAGAGAUUGAUGACAUCUUUGGUGGGGGAAAGAAUAAGAAGCAGCUAUCCCAAGCAGGAGUCAAACCUGCCAAAAAAACUGGUAAAAUAGGGAAAGAGAUUGAUGAUAUUUUUGGUGGGAGAAAGAAGAAGAAGGUAGAAGUGGAAACAAAUGAGAAAGAAGAGGCCCCUGUGAAUAAAGCAAGAGUGGCAAAGAGGAAGAGGAGCGAGGUUGACGGAUUCAACAGCAACCCAAAAACCGGACCGAGGAAGAGGACUGAAGACGGGUUACUAGUGUUCACGGAAGAUGAGCUUGGUAUCAAUAAGGCCAAUGCUGGUAAUACGCCUCUGUGCCCUUUUGACUGCCAGUGUUGCUUCUAGUCUCCUUUCUCUGUUUGAAAAAGUGGAUCUUAAGUUAACGCAGCUUUAUUGUUCAUGUUUGAUGAGAAAAAAAACAAAACAGUUUACUUUCUAUCCAGUUACUUCUUGAUUGA